AUGCCUCCAUUCUGCGCCGUGCGUAUAAACAUCUUGGCCUUUAGAAAGCACAGAGAACGGCUACUUUCACUUUUACCUAUUCUCUGUGUAUCCGCGCGUGUACCAUAUCGCCAGCGUAAUGCAUGGAUCUAUUCAAAAGGUGUCGGUGAAUCUGGCGAGCCACGGACAUAUCCCGGUCCUCAUCAAUUGUCAUUAAACGACAUGAUUAUUGCGCGUGUUGACGAUUAUUGUGGCGAUAGGCCGUUACCGGGAUAUCCAGCGAAGCCCGCGGUCUCAUAA